AUGGAGCGCCUCUCGCUGAACGACCAGCCCCCCGCCGGCGGCCAGCAGGGCCCUCCGCCGCAGCAGAACAACAUGCUCGGGCCCAUGUCGCAGGGCCCGCCGCAAUUGCCGCCGCAGAUGUUCACGACCGCAGCGCAGCUGCUAGAUCUGACUGAUAAGAAACUGGUGCUAGUGCUGCGUGACGGGCGCAAGUUGAUCGGCGUCCUGCGAAGCUGGGAUCAAUUCGCAAACCUCGUCCUGCAGGAUACCAUCGAGCGCAUGUACGCCGGAAACCUUUACGCGGAUAUUCCCCGGGGAAUUUUCCUCGUGCGUGGUGAGAAUGUGUUGCUUUUGGGUGAAAUUGACCUCGACAAAGAAGAUGACAUCCCCUCUCACGUCCAGAAAGCCUCAUUCCAAGAAGUCUUCGAGUUGAAGAAGAAGGAGGAAGCGAACCGGAAAACGGGCGACAAGAAGCGUCACGACAAGCUCCAGGGUCUCGGUUUCGAGCCGGAACAUAGUGGAGAGAUCUUAUUCUAG